CCCCGGCCCCGGCUUGCGGGGGUCCCGCUAGCCGCCGGCCGCCGUCACCAUGGGCCGCUACUCCGGCAAGACAUGUCGGCUCAUCUUCAUGCUCGUGCUCACCGUGGGCUUCUUCGUGGCUGAGCUGGUGUCGGGCUACCUGGGUAACUCCAUCGCGCUGCUGUCCGACUCCUUCAACAUGCUCUCCGACCUCAUUUCGCUGUGCGUGGGCCUGGGCUCCGGCUACAUCGCCCGGCGCCAGCGCCGCGGCCUCGGCGCCACGUACGGAUACGCGCGCGCCGAGGUGGUGGGCGCGCUGAGCAACGCCGUCUUUCUCACGGCGCUCUGCUUCACCAUCUUCGUGGAGGCCGUGUUGCGUCUGGCCCGGCCCGAGCGCAUCGAUGACCCGGAGCUGGUCCUCAUUGUCGGCGCCCUGGGACUAGCGGUCAACGUGGUGGGGCUGCUCAUCUUCCAGGACUGCGCCUCCUGGUUCGCCUGCUGCGUCCGGGGCCGCCGCCGCCGCUCUAAGCCGGGGCCGCCGCCGCCCGACGGGGUCCCUCGCGACGCUUUAGAGGGUUCCGGGGGCGCUGAGCGCCUGCCACACCCGGCGACCCCGACAGCUCCCAGCUUGGACUCGACUCUGACUCUCCGGGGGGCCUCGGUCGACAGGAAGCAGGAGAAGGGGGCGACCGUGUUCUCAAACGUAGCAGGUGAUUCCCUGAAUACCCAGAAUGAACCUGAAGAGGUUGUGGAAAAGGAAAAGAAGUCCGAAGCCCUGAAUAUCAGAGGUGUUCUUUUGCAUGUGAUGGGAGAUGCCCUAGGGUCUGUGAUUGUGGUCAUCACAGCCAUCAUAUUCUAUGUCCGUCCUCUAGCCUCCGAUGCCCCAUGUAACUGGCAGUGCUACAUUGACCCCAGCCUAACUGUCAUCAUGGUCAUCAUCAUUUUGUCAUCUGCCUUCCCACUCAUCAAGGAGACCUCUGUUAUUCUGCUGCAGAUGGUUCCCAAAGGAAUCAACAUGGAGGAACUGAUGACUAAACUCUCUGCUGUGCCGGGAAUCAGUAGCGUGCAUGAAGUGCACAUCUGGGAACUUGUAAGUGGAAAGAUCAUUGCCACCCUGCACAUCAAAUAUCAGAAAGACAGUGACUAUCAGGACGCCAGCAGGAAAAUUCGAGAAAUCUUUCACAGCGCCGGCAUCCACAGUGUGACCAUCCAGUUUGAAGCUGUGGAUUUGAAAGAAUCCUUGGAGCAGAAGGACUUGCUGCUCUGCAGCUCACCCUGCAUCUCCAAGGGCUGUGCUAAGAAGCUGUGCUGUCCACCUGGGGCAUUGCCUCUGGCCCACAUCAAUGGCUGUGCUGAGCAGAACGGUGGGCCCUUUCCAGAGAUCUACAGAAGCAGAAGAGAUGGCACAGAAGUGGCUGUGGAUAUGGCUUUGGAUGGCUAUCCGAGCAACCAUGGGCACGCUCCCAACAUGAUGCAGGAGAGCCACCUUUAUGAAAACAGUACACAUUUUUAAUGGGAUAUCCACGUAAUCAGACUCUGUAGACAAAGCACUCUGGGAUCUUACCAGCUUGGCUGUGGAAGGAGCUUUGUGGGUGUGGGCUCUGACCGAACUCGCAAUGUGUGCUCUCCGUGUUCAGCAGGGGUUGGCUGUUUGGGGUAGGAGUUACAAGUAUCUGUUAAUUUUUAUGUGACUGAUAACUGUUUUCUAUUUACUCUGAGUGUCUCAUGCUGCUCUUUACCAGUUUUGUUGAAUAUGGCUUUGCUAAACCAAACUGCAUUAGUGUGUCUGUCACGGACAUCAAAGGGUAGAACUCAAUGACUGUGGACACAGGAUUCACAAUAAGUUUUUUUUAACUUGUUAGAAGAGCUGAGGUACACUGGAAAACAAACAAACA